GGGCGAGUGCGCGCUGGUGGCGACGGGUCGCGCUGCGGGGUGGGCACCGCAGUACGGGACACGCGCGCCGCCGCCGGGCCGCAGCUAUGGGUCUGGGAGCCAGCGCCGAGCAGCCCGCGGGCGGCGCCGAGGGCUUCCAUCUGCACGGGGUGCAGGAGAACUCCCCAGCCCAGCAGGCAGGCCUGGAACCCUACUUUGAUUUCAUCAUCACCAUCGGGCACUCAAGGCUGAACAAGGAGAAUGACACGCUGAAGGCCCUGCUGAAGGCCAAUGUGGAGAAGCCCGUGAAGCUGGAGGUGUUCAACAUGAAGACCAUGAAGGUGCGCGAGGUGGAGGUGGUGCCCAGCAACAUGUGGGGCGGCCAGGGCCUGCUGGGGGCCAGCGUGCGCUUCUGCAGCUUCCGCAGGGCCAGCGAGCACGUGUGGCACGUGCUGGACGUGGAACCCUCUUCACCUGCCUCCCUUGCUGGCCUGCGCCCAUACACAGACUAUGUGGUUGGCUCAGACCAGAUCCUCCAGGAGUCCGAGGACUUCUUUACGCUCAUCGAGUCCCACGAGGGAAAGCCCCUGAAGCUGAUGGUUUACAACUCCGAGUCCGACUCCUGCCGGGAGGUGACUGUAACUCCCAACGCAGCCUGGGGUGGAGAGGGCAGUCUGGGGUGUGGUAUUGGCUAUGGGUAUCUGCACCGGAUCCCAACCCAGUCUCCCAGCCACCACAAGAAGCCACCUGACGCCCCGCCACCUGACGCCUCGCCUCCUGACGCCCCGCCUCCUGAUGCCCUGCCACCUGGACCCACCCCUCAGGACUCUCCUGCCUCUUCAGGCCUGGAGACAGGUUCCAGGCAGGAUGACUACAUGGAGGCCCUGCUGCAGGCACCCGGCUCCUUCAUGGAGGGACAGUUUUCUGAGCCUGGGAGUCCCAGCUGUGGUGCUCCAGACCUUGGGGGAUUUCCACAUCCCAUGGAGACACCUCUUCAACCUCCACCUCCAGUGCAGCGUGUCAUGGACCCAGGCUUCCUGGAUGUGUCAGGUAUCUCCCUCUUGGACAGCAGCAAUGCCAGUGUCUGGCCCGGCCUGCCCUCUGCCACAGAGCUGACAUCCAUGGGUCUCUCAGCCUCUGGCCCUGAGGACGUCUCCAGCAGCGGUUCUCACGAGCGUGGUGGUGAGGCCACAUGGUCCGGAUCAGAGUUUGAGGUCUCCUUCCCGGACAGCCCAGGCACCCAGGCACAACCAGACCACCUGCCUCAGCUAACUCUUCCCGACAGCCUCAUCUCGGCAGCCUCACCGGAAGACGGCCUGUCUGCUGAGCUGCUCGAAGCGCAGGCUGAGGACGAGCUGGCAAGCACAGAGAGCCCAGAGUUCGGGGCGGAGGCUGAGGGGGCAGGCGGCCAGGCCCUGCUCUCCAUCCCUGAAUAACGCCCUAGGCUGUGUCCAGGUCCCUGAUGGCAUUUCAUGAGGCUGAGAUGGGGGGAAGCCGCUUAGGCCGCACUAUGCAGCUCAGCCCCUUGCCUGAUCCUGGCCCAGUAUGUGCAGCUUCCUAAACAGUGGCUCCCGGUUGUGCAGGGACUUCUGCAGCCCGGGAGCUCAUGUGUGCCCAUAGCCCCUGCCGGUGUCCAAGAGAUGACCUUCCAGCACUGAUUCUGCCUGGUGGUCCUGGCUUUGGGGAGUUGGGCACUUGUUUGAGAGUCUCAGACAAGUCCUUUUGGGGUGGUGGGGAGCUGGGAGCAGCACCCAGAUUAAGUUUUGCAGGAGCUGGGGUAGGAGAGGAAAAGGACUAUUCUGCUGCUUGGGUGGGGCAGAGAGCCUCCAUGGGUAGGAAGAGGAGACCAUCGGCAAGAGCAUCUUUAGGCCACGUUGUACCCUUACGUCCAGUGCUUGCUCCUGCUCUGGUCACUAUGGCUGCCCAGGCAGCAGCAGGGUCCACACAGGGUCAGGUGUGAAGGAGGAAGGAGGAUUGAAGGGUGGAGUGAAGGAGGAAGGGAUAGGUCUGGAGUAUUUGCCUACAACUUGCUAGGGCUUGCCUUGAUUCUUCUUGUACAGCUCAGCUAGCCCCGUGUGUACUAGAAGGCAGCCCCACGCCUUGGGGACCCUUGAGGCCCCAGUUACCUUCUCUUCUAGAAGUCUCGUAUCCUCAUCUCUGCUACACUGCAUAGCUGGCUCAGGCUGACUGACAUCUGCCGGUCACAGCUGGAGGAGAGAAGCAGUGUACUUGUCCAUCUCUCCUGGGGGAAGAGGGAAAUCCUAGCCCCGUCAGCAGAGACUCACUUGUUCUUGGACCAUGAUGUCUCUUCUUCCCCAGGGCCUACACCCCACAAACCCAGUAUCCCUCGUGGUGACUCCUGUCAGCUCCCAAACUUAUACAACCAUCUCUUCUAAAUAUACAAGGCAUCCAGGCUGCCCUAGUAGAAUACAGAUUGCAAAUUUAAAUUCACCGACCUAAGCAGACUCAAAGCCAGUCCUGACUGGACUUCCUGAACACAGCUCCCACCCUAAGCGAGAAUGAGGGGCCUGGACAAUGGUGGGUAAAGGCCAUUCUGUUCUUUCCCAUAGUAUGGGAGGCUGUUCCCUCCACCCCCCGUGCCCAGAGUGGCUAAGACUGGGCGAGAUCUUGUGCUUUACCUAGUUGCUGCAGAAAGAGGAGGGCUCCAUGCAGGAACCUUAAGUCCUUAAGUCCCUCACCUGCCCACAUCUUGCCAAUUGCUACAAAAGCUGCCUCUGGCUUUGUCUUCUAGCUGCUACCCAGUUGAAAGUCCCACGUUUGCAGCUUGAUCUGUAAUGUGGGCACUUUACACAGUGCAUUCAGGGUUCUUUUAGGCCCAUACAAUAAGGACCAUCUGCUCGGGGGGAGGCACAGAUCAAGUAUAUGCAGGGAGGGCCCCCAAUGAGCAAACUCUUCAAAUUUCUAGCACUGUGACUGCAUUUGAAGCAAGCCCUCGUCAAGCCUGUCGUGGCAGCUGAUAAGUCUGCCGAACAGGGAGGAGGUGUGUCCAAAGCCAGGUCUGGAGCUGGGUUCUGGGAUUUUCUGGGAGCCGUGCCUGCCUGUAGGAAUCCAGGAAGUAGAAGAGAAUCACCACAGGACUGUUUGGAGGCCAGCUUCCCUGAACUGCAGCCUGGUAGUCUGGCCCGACAUCCCCCUCACCCUAGGAUUCUGGCUCUUCCUCUCUCACUUUUCUAUACUCCCCGCCCUGACCAGGGGGAUAAAAUGGGUACUGACGUUGAUGACUAUCAGGGUAAACAUGGAACCAGAAGUUUCUCUGUAAUCUGCUAUGAAGGAAAAUGACAAGUGAAAGAAAUAAAGGUGUACUACACUUUGAAA